AGAGUUAUGAGCCUGACAAGUGUAUACUUCGGUCAUCAUUGCUAUGAGAAAUGUCUUGCUAUAUUGUAUGCGAAUCCUUAUUGCAAUGAUGUUAUUCGGUUGAACAUUCUUCCUACAAAUCUUAAACGAGAAUGAGUAGACUAUGCCACAACAAACUUUGAUCUGAUACUUCGUCGACUGAGCGGCAUUCAGAAACUAGUGAAGAUUGCGCAAUUUUGUCGGUGUCCAAGAGGGCGUUGAAAAUAAAACGUACUGCGGAUUCUUUCCGUGUCAGCAGUAGACAAGGAAUUUAAGUAGACAUGGAGUUUACUUCCGCCGGCUUCCGGAUUACUUCCAAGUCACAGAACUUUGGGAGCUCCAUGUCCAGUCGCAACGAUAUCGACACCAAUGUCUAGAAUUACCAUCAACAAUGAAACAUUCGACGUCCUUAACUCCUAGCUUUCGGAGAACAAGCAAUGUGACAAUGCGAUACUACACUAACAACGCAUCGCUUUGGGUGAGGAACACCCCAUCUUUCAAUGUCCAAGAUUUGCUUCGACAAGGAAAUAUGUGGUUGCCAAGAAUCUCACUCAGAACUAAUUCUUCCUUUGGAAUCUCGAAUGUCGACAGGGGUUCAUACUAGUUGAGAAAGAGGACAGGAUUGUAUGAUGAGUCGACGAUGAUGACAUAGAUCUCGGAAUUCCGUCCACUGCCAGUCGAGAGUGCUUGUCCGGAUAUACAUACUUAUCACCAUAAAGUCCAUCUGGUUCGAUGUAGUCGCGAAGGAUCAGGAUCCCGAAUUCGUCAUGACGGGUUUGGCUUAAGGUUAACGGUCAACUGUCUGGGCUAGCCCAAAACGAUAUAUCCAUACCUAUGUUGAUUGCGUAUAAGACAUGGCAGUGAGAGGGAUUAUGAGAUCCUAUACGGUGAGAAUGCGGCACAGCGGUUCUUUAUAAACAUAGAUGCCAAUCACGCCUCAACUGAGAUCCAUGGGGCUCAGCUAGUGGAAAUCUCGAGCGUAUGGGAUAAUAUGACGAUAUCGUCAGCUCUGCUCUAGCACCUAGGCAUCUCUUGGUUUGGAGAGUCUCGAAGCUUACAUAGCCACAAAUGAAGCUUUAAGGCUUUUGCGGACUGUUAUUCAUGGUGCAUCUACCUGCAGUCGCCGAUCUUUGAAGAAAAUAAGACUCGUAAAUGCAGGGCCAAAAUGCUCACUGCACGCGUUGAAGCGUGCAAGGGCAUUGUGUGUCUGCAAGGCUGGGGCACAAGGAACCAAGGGACCAAGGCCGUCAGCACAAGUGAGAAUGAUUCCUCCAUCAGUGCUGACAAGCAGUAGCGACAGUAAUAAUUUGAUAGAUAGAUAGCGCGGCCCUACAGGGCAUAAGGAAAAGGAAGGAUCUUGACGAGCUUGAGAGAAUGAUGCCCGCAAUAGAGAAAACCCCCUCAGCGGCAAGCGGACACUACGUACAUUAAAUAGCAUCGAUUUUAUCAAUUCGGAGACACAUACUUUAUUAUCGCCGAAAUUAAUAAGAGUUACAUUGAGGAAGCAACAUGACAUUGAAUUGAAAGAUUUAAUAGAAAUGUUGGAUAUAUGUUGGGUUGGAGUGAGCAAAAGAAAGUAAUCUACAUGCGUUUAGACAUUUUGUCUGUUGACCUUAUUGAUAAUCUGUCUUGACCAAUCAGAUCUAUGCAUUAGAAAUUUCCUCGAAUCCAAUUGAUAUCUCCACUCUUUACAUCCCCCCUCCCCCAAUCACAAGUCAACCACUCUUAUCAAUCUAGAAGAUUGAUGGCAGCAGCAUUCCAUUUCUUUGCUUUACUUGGGCAUUGCGCUUCAUGAGAGAACAUACCUAUCUGCCCAUAUGAGAAUCAUCUCCAUAUCUAGGAAGAAUCAUUACUUCAAUCUCCAGGAAACCAACUCGAAGGAGGAUUCUUCUUCUACUUGUACAUUCUUGAACACGGCCAAAAGUUCCAUGGAACGAUUAGUUGCGAUAAGGACCCGAGUAUAUUUGUGCCUAUCGCUUUAACGUAGGAAGGACGGAGAUAGGAAACAGCUCUGCUUACAGCUUCAAAAGGGUUAAUGGUCUAGGGUAACAUUCCCUCAGAAUUGGCAGCUAGAAAGGAUAGGUCCGCGCGUGUGUACUCCGUAAAUACUUAUCGGAUCGGAUAAGCCUUGUCUACCGGCUACCAGGGACCCGCAGCGCACCACAUCGCAUCAAUACCCAUCAACGGAUUGAUACGGAUAACGUCGAGGGGAUAAGCUGAGGAUCGUGCCCCUCUCUCGCGCUGGAUGGCUGACGUACGGGAUGCGGGUCAUGUUGAUGGAGGAUCGUCGUCCUCGUUGAAUAAUGUCAAGAUCAAACCGGAGAGUAAUGUGACGACUGAUCGGGAAAGCUCGACGUCGAAUAAAAGAUCGAGGAGUAGCAGAGAUGCCGCUGCGAUUAAGAGAAGGUGUGUUUCAACAGCUUGUGUCGCAUGUAGAAAGCGCAAAUCUAAAUGCGAUGGAAACACACCAAGUUGCGCAGCUUGCUCAAGUGUAUAUGGGACUGAAUGUGUAUACGAUCCCUUAUCAGACCAUAGAAGAAAAGGCGUAUAUAAAGAAAAGAUCGAUAGUCUGAAGACUCGAAAUUCUACUCUACAAACAUUGAUACAAGCGAUAUUGAAUGCCGCCGAAGAAGAUGUGCCAAAUCUGGUCCGCCAAAUUCGGACGUGUGAAAGUCUCGAUGAUGUAGCAGAAAACAUUCUGAAACAAGACCAAGCCUUCGGAGACGAUGAUGAUGAUAUGGACGAUAACAUGGCAUGGACAUCAUCUAGUUUGCCGACCUUCGAGACUCAAUUAUCGGGAAAGAUGGGUGAAUUGAGGUUAGAAAAUGGUUCGGUAAGGUUCUUGGGAGGCACCUCGAAUUUAAUUUAUCUCGAUGCAGCGAGUGUUGAACAUGGGGACGCUUUGGAAACGACUCAACAAGAGGAACCUCUCCUGUCAUGGACUACAGUCACAAGUGAUACAGAGGUCAUCGUUCAUUUGAUUAAUAUGUAUUUUACAUGGCACUAUCCAUAUUUUACGACAUUGAGUAAAACGCUGUUUUACAAGGACUUCCUUCUGGUCAAUGCUAUGCUGGCUCUGGGGUGUCAUUUUACAAACUCUCCCCAAGCCUGUGCAGAUCCAGGUGAUACCGCUACUAAAGGUGAUCAUUAUUUCGCGGAAGCGAAAAGACUAUUUAUUGAGAAUGAAGAGUUCGAAAAACCGAGAUUGACUACCAUACAAGCUCUCUGCUUGAUGUCAGUUCGUGAGGCAGGUGCAGGCCGAGAAGGAAAAGGUUGGGUCUACUCUGGAAUGGCAUUCCGAAUGGCUCAAGAUAUGGGUCUUAACCUGGAUUCCGGAAUCAAUAAAAACAGUCCAAAGGAAUUUCCCGUUGAUGAAGACGAAAUCGAUGUUAGAAGAGUCACAUUUUGGGGCUGCUUUCUCUUUGACAAAUGUUUUUCGAAUUAUCUAGGAAGACUUCCUCUGUUAUCGGUGACUGACAUCACCGUCCCAAAAUAUGACGUUAAAAAAUUCGAUGACGAUGAAAUCUGGUCACCUUACACAGAUAAUGGAAUUGGUCAAUUAAACUCCCAACCAUCAAGGACAAGAGCUGUAGCUUUACAGAUUUCGAGUCUGUGUGAGAUUAGUAGUGAUCUUCUCACAUUUUUUUACCAUCCACAAAAUGUUGAAAGGGGUGUUGGAAGAUCACAGGAGUUAAAAAAGCUUAGCGAACUACAAACAAGACUCGAAACUUGGAAAAGAGAUUUACCCAAGGAAUUUGAACCAAAGGAAGGACAAUUACCUAACGUCCUUCUUAUGCACAUGUUUUUCCAUCUUUUAUACAUCCAUCUAUUUCGGCCGUUCCUCAAAUACAAUCCAAGUACAUCGCCUUUACCGACACAUGUAUCUCCCCGAAAACUUUGCACACAAGCUGCUGGCUCGAUAUCCAAGUUAAUGCGUCUUUACAAGCGUAUAUAUGGACUUCGACAAAUUUGCAACAUAGCAGUUUAUAUUGUUCACUCUGCUUGUACAAUUCACCUCCUGAAUCUUCCAGAAAAGACAGCGAAGAGAGACAUAAUUCACGGAGUCAAACAUCUCGAGGAAAUUGCUGAUGAUUGGCUCUGUGCACGCCGUACUCUUUCAAUCCUCUCUGUUCUGGCUCGAAAAUGGAAUAUCGAUCUUCCCACAGAAGCGUCUGCUGUAUUCUCUCGUACUGAUAGCAAGUUUGGGUAUUUCUCGACAGCCGAUGUUCCAUCGCCGAAAGCAGAGAUAAUAGCGACUACACCAUCAUCAUCAUCGUCACCUACUCAUUUCCAGACUCCUGUGCAUUCUCAACCGCUCCUUGCAAGAAGUCAAACCCAGUUACAACAGAGUUUGUAUAGCUAUCCUCUCGAUUCAGAAGUUCCACUUGCGCAGAGUUUGAUAAGCGAUUUAUCAGCGCAGUCUUCGCUGCCCAGACUCCAAAAUGUUGUCUCGCCACCAUCCGAUCAUACAGAUUCCAUCUCAUAUUCUACGACAACAAAUCCCCUUCAUAUGUCACCUGUCUCUGCAUAUCCCCUCUCUCGUACAAUCUAUACCAACCCGACUCAACCUUUCGCUCAUAGUAUCACGAAUGCUACUUCUACGGCUAAUAAUAGCCCAUUGACUAGUGGGAAUAGAAGUGCAAAUAGAAACGUUAGCCCUAGUACACUGUUCGGUGGAGUGGAGCAGUUAUUUCAAAGCCAGGAUUGGUGGUUGCGGGACCAAGCGAGCUUAGUAGUUGGGUUUGAGAAUUGGAUGGGUGGAGGUGUUGGUAUCGGUACAGGGCAUAGUCAUAGCUUGAGUGGUGAUCUAGGUACCGGGACUGGCAACCAGUUUUAUGAUAAUGGCAACCCCAAUUCUAGGAACGGCGGUGGUAAUACAGGUGCAGGGGGUGGCGGGGGCGCUAAUAGAGGGUUUAGGGAUGACGACUGGUUCUCAUAAUUGCUAUGGGUGUUUUGAUAUAAUACGAUAUGAUGUAAUACGAUGAUACUAGGAUGGAGUUGAGAAGGGAUUCUGUCGGGCUUUGACAGGGUGGUUAGGGUUAUGAUGAUCAAUGAUCAUGGUCGGGGCGGAAACAGGAGCCUGGCAUGAAUUCAGCUUAGGAGUUUUGUGGGAUACCUGUGUUCUUGUCACAGUGGAAUAUUUUGAUUUUAAUAAGAUGAGGAUUGUAUGUACCAAUGAUUCAUUAUAUAUAGAUAUGUAUUUGGGAUGAUAUGGUAUGGUAUGGAAAAAGAUGGAGCAUAUUAGUACGGAUAAGGUAAAUAAUUUGGAGUAGAAAAAACAUUCGUCUUCGAUAGUUGGUUCGUUUUUUGAGACUAAAAUGGGUUUGGAAGGAAUGGAUGGUAAGUUUUGGGGAUGGUAAAGAGUGAAGGUUGGCUGGAAGAUGAAUCGACCCCCUUUUCUCCUAUUCAAGGAUAUGUUGAUAUUGAAAAAUGAUUGUUUCGAGUGAAUGGAACAUAGAUUGCGCUCUUAC